AUGUCUCUCACACAAGAGCAACAAACUUUCAUUGAAGAAUGUGAAUUAGAAUUUGCAGACCGUUACACAAACAAGGACCCGGAUUAUAAAAAAGUUUACGAUAAAGGCAUUCCCGAUCCCCCUAUAAUGUGCCCAUGGUAUAUGAGGUCCAGGAACAACUAUAGAGAUAGAGCAGGAGGUAGUCAACCAUACAAUGAUCACAGAAAUAAUCAGGAUUGGGAGCAACAAGGCUAUGGCAGGAACAGGACUCACAAUAAUAGAUAUGCUCGAAGAGAUAGACCUUAUUAG